AUGGCGGGAAUAUUUACUGAUCGAAUGAGGAAUACAACAGCCCCGAAGACACUGCUCCUGCAGCUCUUUGGCGGUGGAAGGCCUCUCACAAAUGCAACUUCAGCUGAAAUUAAUGAAGCUCUUCGUGAAGACAUUUGGGCUGGUUUCUGCGUGGGAAGCAUCCUAUUCAUCUUGGUAGUUGUUCCGGUAACAUUAGCCAUCUACGUAAUGAAUCUCAUUGCCUUGAAGCAAACCAUGCGAAUGAGAAGGAGCUUCCUGAAGGCAAUCCUGAGUCAGGAUAUGACGUGGUUUGAUUCUCAGAGCAGCAUUGACUUUGCCAGCAAAAUUACAAGCAAUUUCGAUGUGAUAAAAGAUGCUAUUGGGGAAAAAAUCGCCAUGGCGGUUUUUAUUUUUUCUCGCUUUUCAAUUGGAUUUAUCUAUUCGUGCUUUCAAGGAGUAAAAUUGACUCUCAUUAUGACUGGCACCCUUCUUGUCAUCAAUAUUGCUUUUUCAAUUUACGUUGGAAGAUCGCAAAAUCACCUCACGAAGAAAGAAACAAAGAGCUACGCUAAAGCAGGUGCAAUUGCAGAAGAAACCUUUUCAUCUAUUCGUACUGUUGUUGCCUUUGGAGGGGAAGAAAAGGAAUGCGAGAGAUUCGCAAGGAGCCUUAAAGGAGCUGAAAAAUCAGGAUUAAGGAAGAUUCUCAAUUCAGGCCUUCAGAGUGGUCUUAUGUGGUUUUUUUCCUUCCUAAGUUGGGCAUAUGGAAUAUUUCUUGGAAUACAUUUUAUGAUCUUAGAAGAUGAUCUACCCGAACAGAUGAAGGUGUACAAGGCAAUUUCAAUUUUAACGAUUGUUUCUUGCAUUACGCACAAUGUCCAGCUGCUUGCGAUAGCUGUUCCCAGUUUAGACGUUAUAAUGUAUGCUAAAGGUGCGGCAAAAACCUUUUACGACAUAAUUGAGCAAAAAUCUAACAUUAAUCCAUUCAGCAAAAAUGGACUGAAGGUUGAAGAUUUCCAAGGGAAUGUGGAAUUUCGGCACGUGCGCUUUCAGUAUCCGUCGAGAAAAGCAGUUCCGGUACUGCAGGGAGUUAGUUUUGAUGUGAAGAAAGGUCAGCGUAUUGCCCUAGUUGGGCAAUCUGGUUGCGGAAAAUCUACAUGCCUUCAACUUCUUCAACGUCUAUACGACACGAGAGAGGGCGAGAUAUUGAUUGAUGGCAUCGGCAUUCGGCACUACAACACAGCUUCUUUGCGCUCCCAGAUUGGCGUCGUUGGUCAGGAGCCUGUUCUCUUCUCAACCACAAUUGCAGAGAAUAUUCGUUUUGGGAAUCCCGAAGCAACACAGGAAGAUAUUGAGAAGGCAGCCAAGAUUGCCAACUGCCACAAUUUUAUUGAGAAACUUCCACUGAAGUACGAAACAUUGGUUGGAGAAAAAGGAGCGCAACUGUCAGGUGGGCAGAAGCAGAGGAUUGCAAUAGCCAGAGCUGUUGUGAAGAAUCCAAAGAUCCUCCUCUUGGACGAAGCAACGUCUGCUCUUGACGCAGAAUCUGAGAGGAUCGUUCAAAAAGCUCUUGAUAGGGCUACAGAAGGAAGGACAACUAUAAUCGUGUCUCACAGGCUUUCAACAAUUCGAAAUGUUGAUGAAAUUGUUGUCUUUGAUCAAGGCGUUGUUGUGGAGAGAGGAACGCAUGAAGAUUUGAUGAAUUCGAAAAAGAUUUACUAUAAAAUUUCCAUGAUGAAUAAUGAAAAUGAACUUGGAGAUAAUACAGAUGGAGUAUUUUUACUAAAUGACGAAGAUGAAAUUUACAGUGUAGCUGCUUACAAUACAAUCUUCUGGAUAGCAAUGUCAAUUGUAAUGGGAUUAGCAGCUCUUCUUCAGGCUUUCACCUUCGGUAAGGCUGGUCUUCGUCUUACGAGUUUGCUGAGAAUAAUGACUUUUAGCGCAGCGCUAAAACAAGAAAUUGCGUGGUUCGAUGCUCCAGAAAAUUCCGUUGGAGCCUUAACAGCACGUCUAUCGACGGAUUGUGCCAAUGUUCAAGGAGCAACAGGAAUACGUUUAGGUGGAAUAAUUCAGGCUGCAUCUUCAGCACUCAUUGGAUUAAUUAUUGGACUGAUUAUCUAUUGGAAGUUAGCAUUGGUGGUUGCUAUAUUUCUUCCUUUGAUGCUUUUCUUUGCCUUCUUUGACUCUCAAUAUGCCAAAUCCAGUGCAGUUAAUGAGAAGACGGCCAUGGAGAAUGCUUCAAGGAUAGCCGUUGAGGCGAUCUCAAACAUUCGCACAUUAGCCAGUUUAGGACAGGAGCAAUAUGUCCUGGAGAGGUUCAAUCGAGAGCUUGAGUCUGCUGAGAAGGAAGCAAGGAAGAGUAAAAGAUUUCGAGGAUUGGCAUUCAGUUUAAAUAUUUCUAUGUUCAUUUUGGCCUACACAGUUGGAUUUGUCUAUGCUGGACGCCUAAUAUCAGAUGGAGAAAUUAACUAUAUUCAAGGAGUAACAAUAAUUGAAGCGAUUUGUUACGGAGCCUGGAUGAUGGGAAUCGUCCUAAAUAAUUCAUCAAAUGUUGGUGAAGCUGUUGUAUCUGCAGAAAGUAUUCUCUCUUUGUUAGAUAGAAAACCUAGAAUUCAAGACAGUGGAAAUAGAAAUGACGAAAAUGAAAUUGCAGGAGCUGCAUCAUUUGAAAAUGUAAAAUUCCAUUAUCCAACACGACCAGAAGUUCAGAUUCUCAGAGGACUCGAUUUAAGAAUUCCUGAAGGGAAAACAGUGGCCCUCGUGGGUCCUUCUGGAUGUGGAAAGUCAACGUGCAUGCAGCUUCUUCUUCGCUAUUACGAUCCUGAUGAGGGAAAGGUGGAAGUUGAUGGCGUAUCGACGCAGGACUUUGCUCUGGGACGUCUUCGUUCGCAUGUGGGUCUCGUGUCGCAGGAGCCCGUCCUGUUUGAUCGAACCAUCGCUGAGAACAUCGCCUACGGAGAUAAUUCACGAGAUGUUCCCAUCGAGGAGAUCAUCGAAGCUGCCAAAGAGGCUCGAAUUCAUUCGGAAUUCGUCACAAAGCUACCACUCGGCUAUGACACCCCUCUGGGAUCGAGAGGGACGCAAUUGUCGGGUGGACAGAAGCAGAGGAUUGCGAUUGCGCGGGCUUUGGUGAGGAAGCCAAAGAUUCUUCUUCUGGACGAGGCCACAUCCGCCCUGGACACGGAGAGUGAGAAGACGGUGCAAAUGGCCCUUGAGAAAGCCAGCGAGAACCGCACAUGCAUCGUAAUUGCUCACAGAUUGUCCUCCAUUCGUAAUGCUGAUCUCAUUUGUGUCAUCGAUCGUGGGCAGAUUGCCGAAAUGGGAACGCAUUGCGAUCUUCUCCGUUCCGGUGGAAUUUACUCCAAGUUGUAUUCCCAGCAAUCUUGAGAUUGAUCACAAAAGGUGGAUAUUAUGCUUUAAUAACUGGAAUAAGUUUUUGUUACAUCAAAGUGAAGAUCUCUUUUUUUAAGAAUAUUUCUAAAGUCAAUCUUAAAAGUAUCCCUUAACUUUAUAUAAAAUCCAGAAAUUAAGAUCUUUUAAUCUUGUUUUCAGAGUACAGACCAUAUUUGAAUUUAUUUGCGAGAGAAUGUUAAGAGAUUGCAAGAUCGCGAACAGUUUUAAUGUGAAGAUCGCAUGAUCACAACGUUUCCUUACAUGAGAUCGCAUCGUAUUUUUACUCAAAAUUGGAACAUAGGAAAUUGAACAGUUUAUCAAGUUUUUUUUACAAGAAAUUUAUUUAGAAGAAUAAAGAAUUUCUGG